GUGAACGGCAUACGGCACCGUUGAGUAUCGGGUGUUCUGCUCUACCCUCCGUCGAAUCUUCUGGAUCUUAACCGAGACAGGGCAGAGGAAUAGAAAGACAGGCGUUUAUCUGGAAAAUCCAGUGAUAGAGGAGAUGAAGGUGACAUGGACCAAGAAGACGAAGAAGCGGUCAUUGGGUGCUAUAUCCCACUACCCAAGUCUCCCUUUUGACCAAGAAAGCCCGGAUAACAACCAACAGCACCAAUCUGAUUCAGAACUUAAAACGGGGGAUCAUCAUCUUCCUGCUCACUUUGAUUCUCGCUCUAAACAGCUAGCCGAGUCGUUUCAACUCCAAGGAAACAAGUUUGCUGAGGAAGGAAAAUACCCAGAAGCACUUGGGAAAUGGGAGGCUGCUCUGAAUUUGAUACCGGAAAAUGCAAAACUGCAAGAACAAAAGGCCCAAGUUUUACUGGAAAUUGGAGAUGCAUGGAAAGCACUCAAGGCAGCCACUCGAGCUACUGAGUUGGAACCUUCAUGGGCUGAGGCAUGGAUCACCCUUGGGAGGGCACAGUUAAACUUUGGGGAGCCUGAUAGUGCUAUAGAAAGUUUUGACAGGGCAUUAGCUAUCAAGCCUGAUUCCGAGGAGGCUAAAGAUGACAGACAAACUGCAUUGCAUCUUGUGAAGAGGAGAAAGCAGCUGCAUGCAUCAGGACUGAGCAAUGAUAGAAACCGAUAUGCUGUAGGGGAUAAUAAGACUGGGGGGGGGUCCUGAACGUGCUUGAGAAACAAAAAGGAAGAAGAAUACUUCCUUUAUUUUUGUAUGGUAUAUAUCUUUUCUCUGAGUCUUAUCUGGUAAGUUGAGUGGAAAAGAUUUAGAUAAUUCGCCAAUGAAUACAGUUGAUGUUUGUCCUUUGAAUGAUGAUAGAGAAGUCUUGAUGCAGUAGGAAGGCAAACAAGGAGAAUGGAGAACUCGAUUCAUGGGAUCAUUUGCAACUGGCAGCCCAGAUAAAAGCGUAAGUUGGCAGAGGGGAAGACAAACUGGAGGGGAGGGAGAGUUGUACUUGCAGCUGAAUUGCCUCUGCUGAGUUAGUGAUUUAUGCGGAGCAUCCCUCGUGAUUUUACUUCAUCUGGACUGGGAUUGUAUCUGAGUCCUAUAUAUAUACAUACAAGUAUGUGUGUGUGUGUGUGUGUGUUUGGGUGUAAUAUAUAUAUAUAUAUACACACACACGAAGUUAUAAGUUUUGCUUAUGCAC